UUUAUCUUUUCGUGUAGUGAAAUGAUCGUGUUGUACAAUUACUUGUUCGUAUGUAAAACAAGGAACAACCAAAUGAAAACAAUACGAAACCAAAAACGGGAAGCAAAAAAAAAAAAGCUGCACAACAACAAAAAAGUACGACAUUAAUUUCGAUACCUACGACACUAGUUUCGGCUUUCGUAACACACGUGUUCUAUGUGGCUGUAUGCUCAUCCUUAGCAUUUUGCGGAACUUCCCGCCAGAUGCAAGAAUGAUGAGAUUGUGAAUCGGUCCGUGAACGUGGCAGAUGAAACAAUUUGUCUUUAUUUUUCUUUUUAUUAAAAGAAAACGCGCCGUAGAAAGGAGUGUAUUUCAGUAUCGAUAGUAGUAAGAACGUUCUGGCGACAGGGGUACAAGGAAAGCGGAGUUACUCGGCUAGAAGGAUAACAAAGCAUCUGGUCGGACUGUUGUAAGGGCUCAAUAAUGGUCCGAUUGAUGCUUUAAACAUCCGGAAACAAGUAAUACUCUGUGUUGUGUAUCCGCUCAUCAGUACGAAAAAACAAUCGUGUAAAAAAACACAAAAAUAAAGCGGAUGGUAGACAUACGAUAAAAAAAAACAAGGUUUAUAUAUAUAUACGUGCAAAUAUAUAUAAAUAGAUUAAAUAUACCUACACAAGAGGAAAACAAAGAGUAACAAACAACCCUUUGCAGAUCGCCACACAUCCGGUGCGCACGUAAAAGCGCAACAAAGUGAAUACAGCAGAACCACAAAAAAUUCCAUUCAAACAUACCCCGGUACGAUCCGGUAAAGAAUACAUCGUGACCACGGUACCGCAUGACGGUCAACAAUAUAAAGUGGUAAAGGUUACGAUAUAGUCACGUGACACAUAAUGUAUGUAUUCUUAUUCAAAUAUUCAUGUUUUACUGUUGUAUCAGGAGAGUGGAAGAAGAUACUGUGAAACAAAACGAAUGCAAAUGUGUAAUAAGUGUAGCAAGUGCUACCAGAAAGAGCAAAACAAACUAUGAAGGAAACAAAAGAAAAACAACCGAACAUUUAGUUCUGCUAGCUAAAAGACUAAUGUGUCCGGUUCACCGGUCGGGAAGAGAGAAAAAAAAACAUAAAUACGAUCGGAGUAGAACGCAACCAUUGGUAUUUUGGGGAAAAUGAAAACGUCGACAAAUGGUACAAUGUGUAAUUGAAGGGAAUGGUCAGUAGUUUGACGACUGUCUCGAGUGGGGGGAGUGUUUGCGAUAGUUUACCUUCUUAAAAAAAGUAAACCCCUCGUACAUUUCCUCCUUUAUCCAUUGCGAUAGAAGGUUAGAGCGACAGGCACGCUAUCAGGCCAUUACGGAUGCCAACACAGUACACUUCUUCAUUUGCCAUUUUGCAGCUACUUAAUCAUCUAAAAACUAGAAGCUUACUAUCCGUUAGUAUAGAACGAAGCAGUGGAUAAUGAUCGGAAACCGAUCGGUUCGAAACCUGGAUGCAAGGUUUGGAACGGUCAAAGGAGAUGAAAAAUAAUAUAACAUAAUAAAACUAAAAUGAACAAAAAAGAGAGCGGCAUCAAACGACGAUGUAAUUCUAAUAGAAAUGAAUUGGAAUUAGAGUAUAUUUUUUUUCAAUUGAUUUCUUUUCCGAACAAAAUGCAUCCACCAAGCGCCCCGCAAUGAAGGCAUUAAGCGCGCUCUGCAUUAUAAAUAUAUGCAAAUAUACAUAUAUAUAUAUUCAUAUAUAUUGACAACAAUAUUUAAAAAGAAAAACUCAAUCCCGCGAACUGGAUAGGAUACAGCGAAAGGGAGAGGUGCAAACACGGCUAAAUCCGCGGACAUGCAAACCCUAGCGGCCAUUUUAAAGGGCAAAUGCAGCGCCACCCCCGGACCGUUACAACAGGUUCUGUAAGUGAAGAGGAGAGUGUACUGCAUCGGUGUUUGAUUGAAUUUGGCCCCACAAUGCAAGACAGCCAAAAAGAGUAAAGAGCAAAAUAAGAGAAAAAAAAGGAACAAAAUGAAAGAGAAAAACGAUAUUUGUAAAAAGCAAAUAUUUAUAAUUCUAAUAAAUUAUGAAAGAUGAAAAU